AUGCGGAAAAUUCAACAUCCUCACCAAUAUCCUUAGCAUUUGAUCUAAUUAUCAUUCUUUAUCGAAUAAGUGAUUUCCCUUGAUUAUUUCACCGGAAGUAGACCCUCCUUUCCUUGGAACCCAGUCUUCUUGGUUACUGACAUGUGAAGGUUCUUUGUGUCUCCUGCUGUCAAGAAAGUCGUAGUGGGUGUUUCGUAUAUUUAAAUGUCGUCCUUCUGAUAUUUAAACCGUGUUGUAUUCGGUAAAAAUGCACCCGACGAUGUGGGAACCCUACGAGAAAGCUACCUAGAAAUGUCUAACUGUGAUAAUUUUGUAGAACAACUCUGGAGAAAGGGGAAGUGCGCGAACUGCUUUCAGUCUCGCGACAAACAUCAAAACGCUGUCAACAAACACGAAGACGCCAGUUUUACCGGUAGUGGUUCCGCAAACUGCAGACCAAAACGAGUUGUGAUUCCUCCACAAAGCCCAAAAACUCAAAAUUUUAAAGCAUGUAGUGUUGAAAAGACAGAUAAUUUAUUUGAACAGGAACAAGGAAAGGAGGGAACUGAUAAAGGGAAUGGUGAGAACGAUAUUAAUAAAUCCAUUACACCUUGCACAACUCACGCCAUUGAAGUAACCAACGAUCGCAGUAGCACUGUGACUGAUUCAAGGAAAGAGGCACAGGAUUUCAAAACAUCGACUGCCCUUAAACCUAGGCCAGCACCAAGACCAAAACCACGACCGGCUUCUCGAGCUGUGGAAUUUAGUUAUAGCGCCGCAAGUCGCGACGAAAACCCGCAAGAAUCAGCAGAUGUGUUAAACGGUCUCACAUCGUUUGAGAACUCUCUUGGGAAUUCCCUUACUCAACCAUGUAACGCAACCUCCUCAGAAAUUCCCAUCGAGAGUGGAUUGUCAAUAUUGGAUAACGUUGAAAAAGCGAAGCUGGAAAACAGAUCUAACAACGAAACAGACAGCGUGACAAUUUGUAAUGAAGUAGAUGUAGUUGAGUUUGGGGAGCCAAAGAACGAUGCGGAGUUUUUGGACGUGAACAAAAGUGACAUUCUGCCUUCAUCAGAUAACGUUUCAACCGAAAUUGAAGAAGCCGCUCCGGUAUCUACAAAUGCGAUCGAAGACGACGAUUCAAGCGACGAAUAUGUACCGAUGAAGAGCAAUAUAGUGUUGUUUGGUGUCGAAUCUGAUCCGCUACGUGAAGAAGUUCGUGAGACAGAUGUUUUGAAACCAAACUGUGAAAGUGAUAGUGACUCGAAAAAAAUGGCGAUCAGCGAAAAUCGAAUGAAAGUUGCAUGUGGCUCUCAAAUCGACGAAGAAUUGUCGUCUACUGUUUUAGAAUUUCGUAAUCCGUUGUGCAUGAUCACAAACAAGAUCAACGAAUCUAGAAUUACUGAUCGAGACACUGGUGAGUCGGACAAAUUGAAUAAUAAUCGUGAUAAUCCUAACAAGAUUAUUUGUAAAUUUUCUACUAUCACAGAGCCAAAUUACGUAAAUAGAGCCUCAAGCUCAAGCAGCGAAAGUGCAGUGUCCGGCAGUCAAGAUUCGGGUUAUGAAAACACUCGAAAGUCGAACAGGGGUGAUUCUUUUAACAAUGCCUCGGGCAAUGAGUCAGUUCUUGUAGAACAAGAAGUAGGCUUAUUGGCAGAUAUUCCAGUUACUGUCACUCCCACAACAAACGAUGGUUAUUGUAUUAUUGAGUCUAGUGGAACCUCAAGUAGCUCUUGGGGAAGCAGCACUUGGGACAGUUGUAGCACAUCAGAUUUACAUGAAAACAGUGGUGAAGCUAUGGCUGCUAAAAAUUCCUUUGGAAAUUUGAACACCAGAAAUAACAAACCUCACUUGGUGGCAUCGCCCAGAGUGGCAGUAAAAGAACAACCCAUACCUAACGAAAAACUCCAAAGUAGCAAUACUGGACCUUUUUAUGUGAAUACAACAUUAAAACCAAUUACAAAACCAUAUAAAGUGGUUGACAUAAGUGCUGGUGUUGCUGUUCCAACAACAGAGAGCCCAAGUGAUGCACCACCCCUGCCCCCAAAAGAAAAGGAUCUGAAGAAAGAUAGAGCUGAGGAAUUGAAUCAUAUUUACUUGGAACCCAGUGAUGGGACUGCAGCUGCCCCAGAACAAAAUUUGAAAAAUGAAAAGGAUGAAAAGGCUAUUUCCAAGGUGAGUGCUUCUCUAAACUCAUCCUUCAGCAAAGCUUCUGGCAGUGUAAUGGACAAGAGCUCAGCUGUGCGAAGGGCCCCAGCACCAAGACCACGUUCUAGAAUACCAUCUCAAUUUGGCACCUUACCCAAACCUGCCCCUCGUACAUCAAGAAUUCUGAAUGACACAGUUGUCAAGGUGGACACCAAAGAGCAAAGAGUGGUUACAGUGAACCCACCAGUUGGUAAGUUUUGUGAUUUUAUGUUGUGGUUUUGCAAAACAGGAGGACACCUGAUUUGGAAAACAUGGUAG